AUGUGCGGGUGUCUUACAGCCUGCCACGCAAUACUCGGUAUUGGCUUCAAUGUUCCCGCGUUUGAUACUGACGUGUUUAUUAGGGUUGAGGGGCAAGCAACCGCUCACGGACGUCUUCGUGAGGAGCUCAUACGUGCAGCCGAGAGCGAUCCGCGGUUUGUCCCCAACAAAUCGAUCAUUCUUUUCACUCUUGUUCGCGAAACUCUACCCUCGGAUGGCGUAGCUGCUCGCGUCUAUGUUAUGCGGGAUACUGGGACUGCUGAUGACCUGGAGGAAGAACGGUACGUCUACCAGAACCGGGACAAACGCUCAGCAGGAGAAAAGGGUACCUUUGCUGGCCGGUCCGUCACGUCUGCAGAGCUUAGGGCCCGCAUCAAGGCGGGCGAAGGGUAUGAACAUGUGGUGCACGCCAAUCUGACUGUCACUCUGAACUAUGUCCCCGAGUCGGACCUGUUGGGUAAAACGAUUCCUAUGCUUCGUAUGGAGCGUUUCUCCCACUGGAAUCAGGAGGAUGCGGUGGCCGAAGAGCAAGCGAGACGGAGCCGAGACGCGACGCUUCCCAGGACCCUACCAGAGAAAGUCGUUCCUCAGCCACGGAGCAUGCCAGAGCAUAACGUUACACCGCUGCUCAAAAGAUCGACAGCCAAAGAACUUCAAGCCGCACGGAAUAUCGUGAAGAAGGCGCUUGCCGACUCGUCAAGACUGAACAAGGCCCGAGUGGCUCAGCCCCUUCGCAACAAAUAUGGCUUGAGGCCCGGGACUAUUGUCGGCGGAGGUAGCGUUGCAGGUGAGCAAAACAUCGCAUCCAUUGACCAGGAUGUACCGCCGCUUCUGGAUAUCACGGAUGAAAUCGCGGCAGCGGCAGCCCUUGUAGCCGAGGCCGACUCGGUGGGUGGAUGGAAGAAUGUCACGAAGCGUGCGGCUACGGCAAGCGCGGGGACGUAUUGGAUGCAAAGUCUUGCUCGCAAAGGCACCGUGCCUUGGGGAGAUGAACCCAACUAUGUGAGUUGUCAGGAUUGCCCGGAUAUUCGGGAUGUUUCAUCCGUUAACCAGAAUGCAGGCCAUCUUCAGAAAUGUGCUCGAUUAUGGAGCGGUGGGAGAUGGUAUCACGCCCUGCCCUUCGGAACACAAGUCAUUGGUGAUGCUAACAACCGGCCAACCCUCGUCGCUGCUCCAAGCUUUGUUGGUCUAGGUGUCUUAUCCACGGAUGAGUAUACUGGGGACGGAGGCCAGGGUGUUGAUGGCGGGGACCCUGAAUACUACGUCAACACCGCCAAUUUCUACCGUCAAAUUCGAAACAUCGUCAUAGAUAUCCGAAAGGUCACUUCAGGAACCUUGGUUACCUGUCUCCACUACCAAGUCGCUCAAGCCACAAGCCUUCAAAACGUCGAGUUAAUAGCAGCAGCUGGCUCGUCCCAGAUAGGUUUGUUCGCGGAGAAUGGCAGCGGUGGAGGCAUUUCCGAUGUCACAUUUACCGGAGGUGGAAUCGGGCUCAAAGGUGGCGAGCAGCAGUUCACUGCGCAACGCCUCAAGUUCAAUGGAUGCACAGUUGGAAUCCAAGUUAUCUGGGACUGGGGAUGGGUAUGGAAGUCCAUCACCAUGAACAAUGUGAAGACGGGAUUUCAGCUCGUCGGUGAUGGUGGCGUUGGCAACAGUGUCUCGGUUGCUGUAGCCGAUACCACUGGCGCCACGAUUCUGGCUUCGUCGCCUGUAAUAGACCAGUGGGUCGUUGGACCUGUCUAUGAAGGAUCGACGACGGCUCGUACUUUCUCCACGGGUGGGAAGAUUGGAAACUAUCGAAGGCAUUCGACACUUCUGGAUCCCCAAGGAAACUAUUUUGAACGCCCCAAGCCUCAGUACGAAGAUCAAGCUACUUCCACGUUCCUGCAUACAAAGGACCUCGGGUGUAAAGGUGACGGCUCUACCGACGACACACAAGCGUUCCAGGCGGCGCUAUACGCAAGUUUGGGCAAGAUUCUCUUCGUCGACGCCGGAUCAUACAUUCUCACCUCGACUGUCACUAUCCCCUCUGGUACCAAGAUUGUGGGCGAAGCAUGGUCCCAAUUGGUUGCGUCGGGCUCGUAUUUCUCGGAUGCCAGCAAUCCCAAGGUCAUGAUCAAAGUUGGAAAUGCUGGGGACGUUGGUAAUGUGGAAAUGCAGGACCUCCUUUUCACGACACGCGGUGCGACAGCCGGUCUGAUUGUCAUCGAAUGGAAUAUCCAAGCUGAUGCACAAGGCUCCGCCGGGCUUUGGGAUUGCCACGUACGCAUAGGAGGUGCGACGGGAACAAAAUUGACACCCGCAGAGUGUCCUCCCGUCACUAGCGGUAUCAAUUCAGGCUGCUCUGCUGCUAGUCUGAUGAUGCACCUUACCCCAUCGGCGUCGGGUUACUUCGAAAAUAUGUGGCUUUGGGGAGCCGACCACAUGCUUGAUGACCCUGAUCUGGUCAGCGGAAAGAAUAGCAUGGUGCAGACCUCUAUCUAUGUUGCUCGUGGCUUUUUGAUCGAAAGCACGAAACCCACUUGGCUUUACGGCACUGCGUCCGAGCACGCCGUGUUCUACCAGUACAAUUUUCACAAGGCAGCAAACAUAUACGCUGGUAUGUUGCAAACCGAAUCGCCCUACUUCCAACCGACUCCGCCACCACCAGCUCCUUUUGCUGCCGUUGUUGGCCUUUUGCCGGGGGACCCCGAUUAUACAUGUGCUGCUGGAAAUGAAUUCAGUGGCUGUGACCAAUCCUGGUCUGUGGUCAUGACAGGUUCGGCAAAUAUAUUUGUCGCUGGUGCAGGCAUCUACACUUGGUUCUCAACAUAUGCGCAGACCUGCAUCGAUACGCAGUUAUGUCAAAAGGCGCUUAUGCUUCUCCAAAACAACUUCGCCAACGUCCGCUUCCAGAAUCUUGUCACUAUUGGUGCCAAGUACAUGGCUGUCAUGGACGGCAAAGGUAUCCCGGCCAUCGACAACCUCAACGUCGACACGCACCCCAACUGGUCCCAAAUCAGCAUUCUCGAUGUUGGUAGUAACGGCACCACGAAGUUUGAUGAAGCUAUUUGGAUCGACCCCGCGAUCUGGGAGAUGGAUCAACCCAAAUUCACUUGCUCUCCUCCUUGCAAUGUCAAGCUACCACCGUGGACAGGUGCAACCAGUACUGUCAACUAUCCGCUGAUCACUGUCAGCCAAGGAACCUGGACAAGCACCAUCACGCAGGCGCCAUUGACUGUUACAGAAUGGGUGUUUGAGCCGAUAAUGCUAAACCAGGGUGCCGCGAACAAGAACAAACGUGCAGACGUGACUAUAUGGCCUGUGCCAGCAACGACACCUUUCUGGCCUGCUAUUGUCUACACGGGCAAUGACAGAAAGGCAACAACAACAUCUGCCACUGGUGCAUUCCCCAAGCCUCCGGCAUCCAUCGGUCCCAACGCCCCUGCGCCCCCCUCCGGAAGCUGGCCCAAGCGACCUGUCCAGGCAUUUUUUGGCUUCCCUGAAAACCCAUUGGUUGAUGAAUGUUUUUUCACUGACUUCUCCGAUCCAGCCUGUCUCACCCAGCCAUGGUUCGGGAAUAUGACCAGGCCAGGAGCUCCAGGCGGUGAUGAUUAUGAUGAGAAUAGCGCGGAACUGCGGACGAUCUGUCCUCGCGUCUCUUCUACAAAGACGACAACAACAACCAUCAAGUCCAUACCUACCCCACCCGCGCCCUUGCCCUCGCCCUUCGAGCAAGGCGACGCGCGGACAAACUCGCUCAACUGCUAUCAUAGCGGAGAAGAUACCGAGGGGAUUCGGAUGCACAACGCCGCGGACAGAUUCUGCGACAUGAUCGCGCACUCGGACCUUGGACCUGGGUUCUUCCUGUCCAAAGAUUUCGAGUUUCCGUAUAACGGUGGCGUUGGUUUCGUUGCCAUCACCGUCUCGCUUGAGUGCAAUGUGCUGCAAAUUGAACACUCUACAGUCUACUCGCUGGGCUACUCGCUGAACUCCAAAUUGCUGCUAAGGGAGGAAAGUUUAGAGUUUGAAGGGUUAUGUGAGCAUGAGAAGCGAAGAGUCGCGGCGGCAUUGAUGCCUGACACAAUGGCCGAUGUCACCAGAAAGCGUUUCAACAUCAUCUUGGCUUAUCUGUCCCCAGAGCGUUAG